GGAAGGUCUCAGUCUCGGCCGGCGGCAAAUCAAGGCAACAACAAUUCACCUCGGCACUCUCCACUUCUCCACUCGCGCCGCUCCACCACCAUGUUCAAGAAACGCUCACGGCCAGCAUCGGUCCGCAAGGCCGAUCGCGAGGGGGACGACACGCCUGCGUCCGAAGUGUCGUCUGGCACCGCUACUCCUACGGCAGAAGGGAGAUGAUCCUCCUGCGCAAGCUGCGGCGCGCGGAGAAACAGCAGGGCAUCGACUUGGAGCGCUUCAACCGCGGCGAGGAGAAGGCGCCGAAGACCCACGAAAUCGAGUACGACAAGUUCGGGCUGCACCCGUCCGUCAAGGAGGAGGAGGACGACGAAGCAACGCGCGCGGCACGCAAGGUCAUGAGCAACAAUUUCACGCAGCAGACGAACGCGCUCGAUACGGACAAGCAUAUGAUGGCGUAUAUCGACAAGGAGAUGGCGAAGCGCAAGGGCAUCGAGGAGACGGAGAAGGUGGAGAAGGUGGACGCGCACGGCGAGCUGUACGCCAUUGCGGACAGGUAUAUGGGCGAAAAGGCGGUGACGGAGGCCGAGGAGGGCACGAUGAAGAACUCGCUGGGCAUGUUGAGUGCGGUCCCCGAGGUCGAUCUCGGCAUGGACAACCGCCUGCGGACCAUCGAGGAGACGGAGAAGGCUAAGCGGGCAUUACUGGAGCGCAAGAAGGAAGAGCCUGUCGACGAUCCGCUGGCGAAUGUUCGAUUUGCACGCAGCACCCAGCCCCGCGAGGCUGAUAUUCAGCGCGAGAUGAACAACGUCAGGCGUGAAGCGCAGGGGCUACCUGUGCGCCAGCGGAAGGAGCGGCCGCAAGGAGGCGAGAGCGCGACAGACGACGCCGUGUACGAGCGUUUCAAGAAGAGAGCCCGGCGAUAAGCGUAUCUGCAGCAAUGGGUCUGCGUAGAUCACCAUGUUGUACCACACCAAUGCACUUGCACAAUUGCACGAUCGCGCCACCAAGCUGUACCGCUCUUCUCCCAUUUCGCCAGCGCUCACGUCCACGCCGCAUUUCCUGCGCCUGCGACCGAUCUUGUGUCCUGUUGAG